CUUUCCUCGAGCCAUGUUGUAGUAUGGUAGAUGUAAAAGCUGAAUGCUAGAGUUGAGUUGAGUGAUCGAAUUCUGGGGUUGUACCUCGAUAUUGAUCCAGGGGCCUUCAUGAAGACUGGCCAGGGCGGCAUGGUGCAGGAGGCAUUGCAGUGAAAGUCACCCUUCCAUCGCACUUGGAACUUUGUAGGGGGCUCGAAUGAUCGGAUCGAGUUAGUAUUUCACUUCCCAUUAUGCAGGAAACCCUUUAGAAACUGACAUUGUCAUUAGGGAGCGAAUAUCGCUUAGUGUGGAAGUAGUUGCUUUAUCUAGCAAAACAUCCUCUUCCACCUCCAUCCACCUCCAUCCACAUUCGCCCACCUUCGUUCACCUGCGUCCAAAACACCAAAGCGCGCGAUGACGUCCAUCAACCUGGGAUCGGAAAUACUGUCGCCUACCCCAAACGAAGCACCUGGUCAUAAGAGAGUGCAGCGAAGAGCGAGCGCUCCGGAACUCGCAAAGCUGAUCACACUACCAUCGUCGAACGACAAUUAUGCAGUCGGGAAUAUCAUUCGUUUACAGCUCCCGCAUACUUCACAGGAUAGUAAGACACCUCGCGUUGUUCAGGCAGAAAUUGUCAAGGUCUUUUCACCCUUCACAAUGGCACCCGUCAUGGUCGUCCGCAUUCAUAAAGCUACACUAGACCUCGAAGGCGACUUCGUCCUGAAAGUGUACGACCGCCGUUACACGAAUGAAGCUAGAGAGGAUUACCACUUUGAGGAAUGGUCGACGGAGCUCGACCUGCACUUCGAGAGCCGCCGGUGGAACAAGGAUGUUGUGAAAUACUUCUUGAAGCUAAUGGCUCACGACAGUCUCUUCUACGACUUGCAAGACGAGGAAGAAGACGAAGAAGGAAGCGAAGUGGAAGAGGACGAAGAGGACGAAGGUGAAGCAAAAGCGUACGGAGAAGUCUUCCUUCAUGCUUUCUGCCUCAAGAUGUACCGCGCAGAACUCGAAGUAUACCGCCGCGCUCGCCAGCACAGCCUUGAUGGCAUCGACAUUCCUCGAUUCAUCAGCUCCGUUCGCAUCCCGUAUGCAUACACCUCCAAACACUGUCCGGUCUCAAGUUCCAACAUCAAAGGCACGCCAGGCAUCCUCCUCCAAUACAUCCCCGGCUUCCCCCUUAUGGACCUCUACGCUUCACCCUCACCACGUCCAUCGCGCUCAACUUGGCAGCCCCUCAUCGACAGUGCAGUCCGCAUUGCCAACACACUCUCUCAAACGCUCGAAACACGCAACAUCGACUGUAACCCGCGCAAUACCGUGGUGCAUUGGGACCCUCUUGCUGAGAAGUGGGAAUGCAAGCUCAUCGACUUCGGACAUUGUCAGUUUAGGAAAGAAAACAUGAGUGAGUGGGAGUGGCGACGUUUUCAGAGCACAGUAGAUGAGGAUGCGGCGAUGGGGAGGGAAAUGGAGAUUUUUCUGACUGAGAGGAAGGGUGGUGGAUAUGUGUAUACGAGGAGCCAGUAUCAGGAAGAGUUGGACCGCGACUUUCGCCGUGAUGAUUGAAGGGACGGAGUAGUAGAAUGAUGGAUGGAUUUCUGAACUCCUGAUGUAGUCAUGGAUUAUCUCAAUAUAUUGACAUGGGAUCAUGAAGGCCUGCACCGUCCAUUGUAUAUAAUCUGGAAACUCCAAUGAACCAAGCAAGAUAAAACCCAAC